AUAGCUUAAAAACGGAUUCGACGCUGACAGUUGUGGAUGAAUUAAAGGCGAUUCGGGGCUAACAGUCGUUGAAAAGAUACUUGUCGGUUAAUCGCCGAUUGUAAAAUAUCUAAUAAAAUGGCUUCGACGGAGUUGAAAAAGGAAGAAGUCCGACAGGCUAUUGUUCUAGCAGAUGACUUCUCGACGAAUUUACAUCCCAUGCAGACGCAUUACCCAAGUGUGUUAACGCCGGUUUUUCAUAUUCCACUUUUGGAAUACCUGACGGAAACUUUGGUGAGACACGAUAUACAGGAAUUAUUUUUGUACUGCAGUAGCCACGUUGAAUCGUUGAAAUCGUACGUACAAAGUCAGAAUUACCAAGGUCUGAUCAACGUACAUUUAAUCGUCUCUGAUGGUUGCCGUUCACUGGGCGAUGCUCUCCGAGACAUUGACAGCAAAGGUAUCAUUCGCGGCGACUUCAUCUUGAUUAGAGGCGACGCUUUCACGAAUGCCAAUCUGAAGAGGCUUUUCGACUGGCAUCGAAAUAAAUCACAACAAGACAAAGGCGCUGCCAUGACGCUGGUUUUCCGUGAUUUAGGAUCUAACAAUUCUUCGACCCAAGAAAACAAAACUUCCCUGAUUGCCGCUGAUAAUUUGAACAACCAAAUUUUGUUUCACCAUAAACUCUCAGAUAAAGACAGAAAAGUCACAAUGGAAUUAAAGCGGUUUUUGGAUCACGAUUGCGUCCAAAUACAGAGCGGUUUACUGGAAACUCACAUUUACCUUUGCUCAGCGUCGGUGCUUCCUUUGUUUUCUGACAAUUUUGAUUUUCAGACCAUGGAUGACUUUAUCCGAGGUGUCUUAAUCAACGAGGAAAUUCUCGACUCUCGAAUUUAUUGGCAAAAAUUAAGCCCAGAAGAAUACGCGCUACCCGUCACAUCUUGGAAGGAUUACAAUACUCUAAUCAGAGAAAUACUUCAAAAACGCGGAUAUCCUUUAACCAUUGAAAUGAUGCCAAGUUGUAUGUAUUUUCUGUACCUACGCAGAUGUACGUAUAAACACAACAGCUCAAUUCUUGGGAAGGGCUGUACAUUGGAACGGGAUUGUGUGAUAUGUCCAAACUGUAACGUUGGGGAAAACACAUCCAUCACAGGUUCUGUGAUUGGGAAAGACUGUAACUUGGGAAGUAAUGUGAGAAUUGAAAAUUCGUAUUUACUGGGUAACGUGACAAUUGAGGAUGAUUGCGUUAUUAAGAAUUCAGUUUUAUUCUCCGACUGUAAGUUGGGGUAUUCGGUUGAGAUAGACGGUUGUAUUUUAGGCCCAAAAUUCAAUCUCAAACCGAAAAGUGUCCACGUGGAUUCCCUCAUGCAAAUUGAUUCAAAUGAUUGUAUCACUCACGUCUCAAUGAGCAAAGCUCAUCCUGAUACUGAUCAAGAAUUACCCUAUUUCAAAAAUGUAUCUACAAACGAGUCGGAUGUUGAUUCUGACGAUCUUGAAGACUGCAGUAGCAGCGACGAAGAAUCGAUUGCUGAGAUGCAAGUCGUUGAUGAUACGCACAUGUUUUUGACAGAAGUGAUGGAGAGUUUGUUGCGAGGAUAUCAGGACAAAGUCAAAUGCGAGAAUUUGAUAUUAGAAAUAAAUUCAUCGAGAUACGCUUACAAUGUUGGUAUUCGCGAAGUUUCUUACAACGUAGUUAAAGCCAUAUUAAUUUUACCGAUGGAGUAUCUCUGCAAUUCUGGUUCAGAAAUUCUUCCAGAUAGCUAUCAGAAAACAUUGAAACUGAUGCUCGAGUAUUUUUACACGGUUAUAUUGAACUAUGUUAAAUCAGACAAUGCUCAGACAGAUUGUUUGCGAGCUAUUCAGGACACUGCUGCUACAUCACAUGCGGCACUACUUGCAACUCUGUUUGUGUUCAAACAUUUGUAUGAUCGUGAUAUAUUGACUGAGGAAAAAAUUCUUGAGUGGUACGAGCUCGAAGAUGAGGAUAAUGACGACGAUACGCAGGGAAAGGUGAAAACUCAAAUGAAAAAAGCCGUUCAACCAUUUAUUACAUGGUUACGCGAAGCUGAAGAAGACUCUAACGAAGAUUAGUAAUCUAAAAUUUGUCAAAGGAAAUCACAAUAAGGAUGAAUCAGCUGAUCCACCUGAAUCAAAAGUGAGGAGAAGAGAUAAAAACUGUUUAAAAACUUUUCAAUAAUAUGAGUUGCUUCUAUGAUGGUGAACUCGAAUGAAACCUCAUCCUUACCGUGUAAUAGAAAUGAAACCAAACAAAUUCGAAUAGCAGAAGCCAAUUUUUCACGCAUUACAAGCGAUUGAAUUCUAAUGUGUUUGAUCCAUUUCUAAUGUUUCGUGGACUUAUUCCGCUCCCUAACUAGACCUCUUCAAAUUCUCUAAAACAAUAUUAAAAAAAUCCAACAUUGUAGUAUAGUUACAACGUGCAUGUAAAAUUGUUGAGGAGCAUCUGUUGUGCUUGUCUUAUAAAAAUUUAGUCUUUUCCACUCCAGCGAUAACAACUUUCUCUUCAAUUGUUAUUAUUGAAUAUUGAGCUAUAGAAAUCUGCUCAGAUUCAUGCUGUUACACAAUUGGUAGAGAUGUGUUUCAUUCGUGUUCACUAUCACUGG